CCUUUCAUCUCAUCGUAAUAAUAUCUAGCUACAGCAAUACCAAGAGAUCGUUCCAAGACAUUUAUGUAUCUAUAUAUACACUCUUGGGAAGUGUGCUUUUGUUCAUAUCUAGGAAAAUGGGCAACAAGUCAUUUCUUCCAAGUUUCUUGGUUGGUUUUGCCCUUAUCUUGAGCCUCAAAUUCGCCAACGCUCAAAUGGUGCCAGCCAUUUUUGUUUUUGGUGACUCCCUGGUAGACGUGGGCAACAACAAUUACCUCCCAGUGUCGGUUGCCAAAGCAGAUUUCCCUCACAACGGCAUCGAUUUUCCUACAAAGAAAGCUACAGGAAGGUUUAGUAAUGGGAAGAACGCAGCGGAUUUCCUCGCUCAGAAAGUGGGCUUACCUACUUCACCGCCAUACCUAUCCGUCUCGCCACAGAAUACCUCCUCCUUUAUGACUGGUGUCAGCUUCGCUUCUGGUGGUGCGGGAAUCUUUAAUGGCACAGAUCGAACUUUGGGCCAAGCUAUACCACUCACUAAACAAGUUGGCAAAUAUGAAUCAGUAUACGGCAAACUGAUCCAACGGCUGGGAUUGGCAGGCGCACAGAAGCGCCUGUCUAAAUCACUCUUUGUCAUUGUCAUUGGUAGCAAUGAUAUUUUCGAUUACUCCGGUUCGUCUGAUCUCCAAAAGAAAAGCACCCCACAACAAUACGUGGAUUCGAUGGUUCUUACAAUCAAAGGCCUGCUUAAGAGAUUGUACACUUCUGGUGCACGUAAAUUUGUAUUUGCUGGCAUUGGGCCACUUGGCUGCAUUCCAUCACAAAGGAUUAAGAACCAAACAGAUCAUGGAUGCAACGAGGGCAGUAAUCUCAUGGCUGUUGCGUACAAUAAAGGGCUAAACUCGAUAUUGCAGGAAUUGAAAUCAAAUCUCAAUGCCAUAUCCUAUUCCUAUUUCGACACCUACGCCUUGAUGCAAAAUAUCAUUCAAAACCCAGCAACCUAUGGGUUUACCGAGGUUGAAGCUGCUUGUUGUGGGCGUGGGAAAUUGAACGCCCAGAUUCCAUGUCUGCCCAUUUCAAAAUAUUGCUCCAAUAGGAGAGAUCAUGUUUUCUGGGAUUUGUAUCAUCCUACAGAGACUACUGCCAGCAUUCUUGUUGAUGCUAUUUUCAAUGGACCACUACAAUAUACAUUCCCCAUGAAUGUGAGGCAGCUUGUGACAGUUUAAGUAUAGCAACAAUACACGUACGCCUGAAAUAUGUGUUUGGAGGAGAAGUUUACCUUUGUCGAGGGCUGUACCAAAAGAAACAGAAAAUGUGUAAUUGUAUUAGCAGCUGUAGCUAUCAGUUUGAGAAAUAGAGCACUGAUGAUGGGAAUUGAAAGUUGAAUGAUAUGAAGAGUUGAUUAUCAUUCAACAAGAGAGAAGGAUUUCAUGAAAUCUGAGAGAGAAGAAUAAAGCAGUUAAGAAGAUUACACUUACAAAUUAAUUAUGUUU